AUGAGGUUUGUUGUCGUUCUUUCGUGUGCAGGGACCCUGCUGCGCUUCGACCAGCUGCAGGUGGGUGACCAGGUGAUGGUCAACUAUAACCUGGAGAACCCCGAGGAGCGAGGCUUCUGGUACGACGCCGAGAUCACGGCCCUCAACGCCGUCUCACGCACCAACAAAGAGAUCCACGUCAAGAUUCUGCUGGGAGGUCCGGGUGAUGUGAUUGGUGACUGUAAGCUGCAGUUUCUGGAUGAGAUCUACAGGAUAGAGACACCUGGAGCACCGGCACUGUCUGCAGCAGACGGCCCCUUCAAACGUAAGACGGGUCCGGAGUGUAAGCACUGUAAAGCGGAUCCGGACGCUGAGUGCCGCUUCUGCUCGUGUUGUGUGUGUGGAGGGAAGCAGGACGCUCACAUGCAGCUGCUGUGUGACGAGUGUAACAUGGCCUUCCACAUCUACUGCCUGACCCCGCCGCUGACCGCCAUCCCAGAGGACGAGGACUGGUACUGCCCCACCUGUAAGAACGACAGCAGCGAGGUGGUCAAAGCUGGAGAGAAGCUCAGAACCAGCAAGAAGAAAUCUAAGAUGCCAUCAGCAACUACAGAGAGCCAGAGAGACUGGGGCAAGGUGUGAACACACACACACACACACACACACACACACA